GGGUUUCACCCCAACUUUUUUUCUGGUGCGAGGUGUCAGCCCGUCCGAACGAAAGCGUCAACUUUGUUCGGGAAGCUAAAUAAUCGUAAUUAAGUGCCCGGUUCUAACGAUUCUCGAUUCAAAUAGCCUCGAUCUGGCCGCCACUUUUCUGCUUACCGCAAACAACGUUUCUCAAGCACAGCGGCCGGCCCGAAGUCACCAUUCUGUCAUACCGGCUGGCUUACACGCAUUUACACAGAUCGCUCACCUCGCCCCAAAGCUGCGACAUGCCAGCGAUGCGAAGGGGGCUUUUCCUAUAGAGGACUUGUGGCUCGGGAGCCAAGACGGAUUUUGAUGCGGCGUUACGUUCUGGCCAUCAUCGCUAAUUAAUUACGGAUCUGAAGAGGGCAUCGUCAUUUGCUGCUUGAAGCUAGGAGCAAACAAGUCGGAACGGAGUAUUACAUCCCACACUUGUACAGACGAGGCUCAAAGAGGACGAUCUUGGAUGAGAGGCCCCGCCGAGAGUCUUUCGGGGCUUGUAUAACAGCUUUGGAACCACCUUUCUCGACACCGAGAGUACCUCCCUCGUCCAGUCCUCUCCUGGCUGUAACUCAUCCGCACCUCUAGCCAAGGGACACACUUCUUCUUUGAAUAGGUUGCUUGGCUAUCAACCUUCAACAUGCGGUUCACAAACCCAUUCUCGCAUCCUCCACGGGACACAUACGAGCGGCACUCCCUCAUCGCCGAGCAAGAUGGCCGGGCUUCACCGUCAACAGAAUCGCUGGACGAGAUCAUCGACAUUGAGAAGCGCGAAUACCCCUUCCUAAUCUCAGUGAGAUCCGCACGGAACUCAGUAUCCUCCUUCCUCAACGAACACCUCCACCUCGGCGGCGACCUGACAUGGACGGACCGCCUCCUCACACUCCUCACUACCCUGAAGCCAUUCGUCUUCCUCUUCCUUCCUACGUUCUUCAUCAGCCCCUUCAACUACUUCACCACACCCCCAAGCCAGCGACCAAAGCCCAGGAAGCUAGGGCCAACAGCAUAUUUGGACGGCCUCCGCGGCGUCGCAGCCUUUGUGGUCUACAUCUUCCACUUCUCCUACCUCUGGUUCCCAGACCUCCGAUGGGGCUACGGCUUCGCAGGCCACCAGAUGUUCUGGCAGAUGCCCAUCGUUCGGGCCCUGCACUCCGGCCGCGCCAGCGUCACCGUCUUCUUCGUCAUCUCAGGCUUCGUCCUCACCCUCAAAACCGUGUCGAUGAUCCACAAGCGCAAGAUGGACCAGGCUCUAAGUGCCCUAGCCGGCUCCGCCUUCCGCCGCCCGUUCAGGCUGUACCUCCCAAUCUUUGCGUCGACCUUCAUCAUCGCUCUCCUGGUGUAUGGAGGGGAGUACGUGAGGGACCCCUCGGGCGCACCUGUACCGCCCCGGGGCCCGAGUCUCGACCAGCAGCUGCAGCACUGGUUCUGGAGCACGGUCAACUUGAUGAACCCGUUCCGACCAAUUGUCAACAGGGAGAACAUGAAGGGAAGCGAGUACGACGGGCAUCUCUGGACGAUCCCCGUCGAAUUCAAAGGCUCGCUCCUCGUCUUCUUCCUCUUGCUCAUCUUUGCGCGAGCAAAGAGGUGGAUUCACAUGGUUGGCGUCACGGGUGUCACCCUCUGGCUGGUCCACAUCGGCGACUGGGACCAAGCUCUCUUCUGCGCCGGACUCCUCCUCGCAGAGCUCUCCAUUAUCAUGCCCAAUACCACCCCAACGACAGAGACGCCAGAAGACGAGCUCCCCAGCUACAGACUGCGCGCCGUCAAGAGGUACGGCUCAAAAUCCAUCCUCAUCUUCCGCCACGCAGGCACACUAGCCCUCUUCUUCCUCGGCCUCCAUCUCUUCUCCUACCCAGAGUACUACGGCGCCUCGACCCCAGGCUUCAUCACAAUCUCGCAAUGGGUACCAGACUACUACAAAGCAAUGGGCGACCGCACCCAGCUCUACUGGAACUCCGUCGGCGCCAUCAUCUUCAUCUUCGCCUUGAUGUACUCCCCGCCCGUCACCUUCAACCUCAAGACCCUGCUGCUCAGGGGUUGCAACAUCCGUCUGCCCUGGCACCAAACCAACCCCGACCUCGACGACGACGAAAAGGAAGAGCUCGCGGCGGCAGCUACGUCCGCCUCCUCCACGGAACCCGAGACAGAAAAAGCCGAACCGCUCCUCCAGCGCCCCUUCACCACGAGCUUCGCGCAGUACCUCGGACAGAUCUCCUACUCGCUAUACCUGUGGCACGGCGCCAUCAACCAUAUGGUGGGAGUCAGGUGGCUGUCGCCUGCGCAUGGCGCGUUGUCGCUUGCCGGUGCCCAGGCCAAGGUGCUCACGGAGGGCGGGAACGCCGCCGGUGGUGCUGAGAUGGUGAACAAGGCCUGGGGUGCGUACGAGCUUGCGUUCUUCUGGGGUUCGCUGGUGAACACGCUGGCUCUGUUUUGGGCGAGCGAUGUGUUCAAUCGGAUAGUUGAUGUGAAUGCUGUCAAGUUGACUCGUUGGCUUGGUGAGAAGGCGUGGAGGAAGGAUUGAUCCAGUUUGAUACUGUGAGACCACAUGAGCGAAUUCAUGAGCAUUGCACUUUUGAUAAGUGUCCUAAUAGCCUAGUCAAAUCAAAUUUUACAAUAUUGAUUACUCCA